AUGGGUGACCACGUCCUGUUCUUCUACGGAACGUUAAUGGCCCCCCAAAUCCUACACCGAGUAAUCCAUGGCUCGCCAACACCCCAACAAUGGCAAAGGGACCUUCUCCGCUUCCGUCCCGCAGUCCUACACGGGUACAGAAGACAUCGUGUACGAGGGGCCGACUACCCAGGAAUCAUACGUGAGGAAGCGCAUACGCAAACACUAGAUUCCGAAACAACCAAGGACCCAGGGAUAAAGGCAGCCGCAGGUGCGAGCGUCCUCGGCACCGUCGUCUCAGGCCUAACAGACGGCGAUAUCCACAGGCUGGAUAUAUUCGAGGGCUCUGAGUAUAGGCGGGAGAAGGUCUCUGUGCGGAUACUGCGGGAGGCGCUCGCGGAGGAUGAGGAGCGUGCGGACGGGGCUGGAAAUGGGAACGGUGUCGAGGGUUCGAGUGCGGACAUAGACAGGGACAGGCAUUUGAAGGAUGUGCUGGAGGCUGCCGGGGCGGAGUUUGCGGAUGAGGGCGAGGAGGUUGAGGCGGAGACGUAUGUGUGGAUUGCUGGGAGGGGGAUGCUGGAGGAUGCGGAGUGGGAUUUUGAGGCUUUCAAGAGGGAUAAGAUGGCGUGGUGGGUUGCUGCGGAUGAGAGUGAGUGGUGA